AGAAAGAGCGAGCUUGCUUGUGAUGUGUUUGUGUAUCCUCAGUGUUUUCUCUCGUGAGUGUUUUAUUGAGUGUAAACAGAGUCUUGUCUCUGGGUAUUUUAGUGUUGAUGAUGGAUGUGAUGUGCUGUAAAUCAGGAACUGAUCAGGGCUUACAGGAUGAUGAAUCUACUGAUCAAACCUCCACAGAGUCUCUGGAUUCUGUCUGUAACGCUGGAGAACAGCAGCAGAUCCUGCAGACCAAACUCAACAUGUGUUCAGUCAAACUCAUCGACUUCAGGAACCUCAUGAUGAAGACGAGAAGAGAAACCACAGAAAUAAAAACUGAACCCACAGAAAUAAAAACUGAACCCACAGAAAUAAAAACUGAACCUACAGAAAUAAAAACUGAACCUACAGCAGAUGAAUAUGAAGACAAUCAGGAUGGUCAUGAUUUUAUUCCUUCAGUGUUGAUGAUGGAUGUGAUGUGCUGUAAAUCAGGAACUGAUCAGGGCUUACAGGAUGAGGAAUCUACUGAUCAAACCUCCACAGAGUCUCUGGAUUCUGUCUGUAACGCUGGAGAACAGCAGCAGAUCCUGCAGACCAAACUCAACAUGUGUUCAGUCAAACUCAUCGACUUCAGGAACCUCAUGAUGAAGAUCAAAACUGAACCCACAGAAAUAAAAACUGAACCUACAGAAGUAAAAUCUGAACCUAGAGAAGACAAUCAUGAUGAUGGUCAUGAUUUGAUUUCGCCAGAUGUGAAGAGUGAAUUAUGUUUGGAUGGAGAAAUGACUUCCUUGACUCUUUCCUGCAUCACCGGUGGAGAGACAUUGAGCUCACAGAGACAUUUAGAGAGAAAACACACAGAACAUAAAGAUCAUCUGAAGAAACACACCAGUGAGAGACCGUAUCAGUGCUGUGAAUGUGGAAAAACCUUUAGGUAUUCAGGUUCCUUGAAAAAUCACCAGAAAAUUCACUCUGAAGAGAAACCCUUUCAAUGUUUACACUGUGAUAAACAUUUCCGUCAGAAAUCUCAUUUGAUAGUCCAUGAGAAAGUUCACACUGGAGAGAAACCUUAUCACUGUAAUGUUUGUAAGAAGAGUUUUAAUCAACGUCACCAUUUAGUGUCACACCAGAGAACUCAUACAGGUGAAAAACCUUACAAAUGCUCUCAUUGUGAGAAGACGUUUACGGAGUCACGUUCUGUAAAAAUCCAUGAGAGACUUCACACUGGAGUGAAACCUUACCACUGCUCUCACUGUGGGAAGAGCUUCUCUGAUCCAUCUCAAUUCAGUGUCCAUCAGAGACUUCAUACUGGAGAGAAACCUUACCACUGUAGUGUUUGUGGGAAGAGUUUUAAUAAACGUCACCAUUUAGUUUCACACCAGAGAAUUCAUACAGGUGAAAAACCUUACAAAUGCUCUCAGUGUGAGAAGAAGUUUGCGGAUUCAAGCUCCGUAAAAGUUCAUGAGAGACUUCACACUGGAAAGAAACCUUACCACUGUUCUCACUGUGGUAAGAGCUUCUCUGAUAAAUCUCAUUUCAAUGUCCAUCAGAGACUUCAUACUGGAGAGAAACCUUACCACUGCUCUCAAUGUGGAAAGAGCUUCUCUGAUCCAUCUCAAUUCAGAGUCCAUCAGAGAAUUCACACUGGAGAGAAACCUUAUCAGUGUACUAUUUGCGGGAAGGGUUUUAAUCAAAAGUCAAACUUUGUAAAGCACCAAAGAAUAAUUCAUACAGGAGAAAGACCUUACAAAUGUACAGCAGGAGGCGCUCUGCAGCUCUUUAGUCUUAAUAUAUACCCACUAAAGAAAGAAAGAAAGAAUGAGCUCACUUGUGACGUGUUUGUGUAUCAUCAGUGUUUUUCUCUCUUGAGUGUUUUAAACAGAGUCUUGUCUCUGUGUAUUUUAGUGUUGAUGAUGGAUGUGAUGUGCUGUAAAUCAGUAGGAACUGAUCUGUCCAUGCUGGAUAUUGAUGAUUUCAUCACAGAAAUCUCUCAGCUGAAGAAAGAGGUGGCGUUACUGGAGACAAAGCUGAGGUUAAGAGGAGAUGAAGGACUGAAGAGAGAGGACUCCGAGCUCAGUCUGACUUUACUCUGUUAUACUGAGUCAAAGCACACAGACGCUCAGGACACUACAGUGUGUGACAGUAAUCAGGACUUACAGGAUGAUGAAUCUACUGAUCAAACCUCCACAGAGUCUCUGGAUUCUGUCUGUAACGCUGGAGAACAGCAGCAGAUCCUGCAGACCAAACUCAACAUGUGUUCAGUCAAACUCAUCGACUGCAAGAACCUCAUGAUGAAGAUUAAAACUGAACCUACAGAAAUAAAAACUGAACCUACAGAAAUAAAAACUGAACCAACAGAAGAUGGUUAUGAAGACAAUCAUGAUGAUCAUGGUUUUAUUCCGCCAGAUGCAACGACUAAAUUAUGUUUGGACGGAGAAAUAACGUCCUCAACAUCAAAAGAGCGACUGACAGCACUUUCGUGCAUCACCGGUGGAGAGACUUUCAGCUCAAAGAGACAUUUAGAGAGAAAACACACAGAACAGAAGCAUCAUCUGAAGAAACACACCAAUGAGAGACCAUAUCUAAAGUCACACCAAACACUACACACUGAAGAAAAACCCUUUCAAUGUUCACACUGUGAUAAACGUUUCCAUCAGAAAUCUCAUCUGAUAGUCCAUGAGAGAAUUCACACUGGAGAAAAACCUCAUCACUGUAGUGUUUGUGGGAAGAGUUUUAAUCAACGUCACCAUUUAGUUUCACAUCAGAGAACUCAUACAGGUGAAAAACCUUACAAAUGCUCUCAUUGUGAUAAGAUGUUUACUCAAGCAGGCCACUUAAAAGUCCAUGAGAGAGUUCACACUGGAGAGAAACUUCAUCACUGUAGUGUUUGUGGGAAGAGUUUUCGUCAACGUGAACAUUUAGUGAGACACCAGAGAAUUCAUACAGGUGAAAAACCUUACAAAUGCUCUCAGUGUGAGAAGACGUUUACUGAGUCACGUUCCUUAAAAGUCCAUGAGAGGGUUCACACCGGAGAGAAACCAUACCACUGCUCUCACUGUGGUAAGAGCUUCUCUGAUCCAUCUCAAUUCAGAGUCCAUCAGAGAGUUCACACUGGAGAGAAACCUUACGUCUGUUCUCACUGUGGUAAGAGCUUCUCUGAUCCAUCCCAUUUCAGUGUCCAUCAGAGACUUCAUACUGGAGAAAAACCUUACCACUGCUCUCACUGUGGUAAGAGCUUCUCUGAUCCAUCUCAAUUCAGUGUCCAUCAGAGAGUUCACACUGGAGAGAAGCCUUUUCAGUGUACUCUUUGCAGGAAGAGUUUUAGUCAAAAGUCAAACUUUCUAAAGCACCAGAGAAUUCAUAAAGGAGAAAGACCUUACAAAUGCUCUCAGUGUGGUAAAAUGUUUUCUCAAGCAGGCCACUUAAAAGUCCAUGAGAGAAUUCACACAGGAGAGAAACCUUAUCUCUGUAGUGUUUGUGGGAAGAGUUUUAAUCAUCGUCUCAAUUUAGUUUCACAUCAGAGAACUCAUACAGGUGAAAAACCUUACAAAUGCUCUCAAUGUGGGAAGAAGUUUGCUCAUUCAUCUUUCUUAAAAGUCCACGAAAGAAUUCACACUGGAGAGAAACCUCAUCAAUGUAAUGUUUGUGGGAAGAGUUUUAGUCAACGUAAACAUUUAGUUUCACACCAGAGAACUCAUACAGGAGAAAAACCUUACAAAUGCUCUCAGUGUGAGAAGACAUUUACUGAGUCACGUUCCUUAAAAAUCCAUGAACGACUUCAUACUGGAGAGAAACCUUACGCCUGCUCUCAAUGUGGAAAGAGCUUCACUGAUCCAUCUCAUGUCCGAGUUCAUCAGAGAGUUCACACUGGAGAGAAAUCUCAUCACUGUAAUGUUUGUGGGAAGAGUUUUAGUCAACGUGAACAUUUAGUGAAACAUCAGAGAACUCAUACAGGUGAAAAACCUUAUAAAUGCUCUCAGUGUGAGAAGACGUUUACUGAGUCACGUUCCUUAAAAAUCCAUGAGAGAGUUCACACUGGGGAGAAACCUUACUUGUGCACUCAUUGUGGAAAGAGCUUCUCUGAUCCAUCUCAAUUCACUGUUCAUCAGAGAGUUCACACUGGAGAGAAACCUUACGUGUGCUCUUAUUGUGGAAAGAGCUUCUCUGAUCCAUCUUAUUUUAGAGUGCAUCAGAAAAUUCACACUGGAGAGAAGCCUUAUCACUGUGAUGUUUGUGGUAAAAGUUUUAAUCUACGUGAUUAUUUAGUGUCACACCAGAGAACUCAUACAGGUGAAAAACCUUAUAAGUGCAGUGAAUGUGGAAAAACCUUUAGGCAUGCAAAGUUAUUAAAAUCACACCAGAAUAUUCACUCUGAAGAGAAACCCUUUCAAUGUUCACACUGUGAUAAACGUUUCAGUCAUAAAUCUCAUCUGAUAGUCCAUGAGAGAAUUCACACUGGAGAGAAACUUCAUCACUGUAAUGUUUGUGGGAACAGUUUUAAUCAACAUCAACAUUUAGUGUCACACCAGAGAACUCAUACAGGUGAAAAACCUUACAAAUGCUCUCAAUGUGAGAAGACGUUUGCUCAGUCAAGUCACUUAAGAAUCCAUGAGAGAGUUCACACUGGAGAGAAACCUUACGUCUGCUCGAUCUGCGGAAAGAGCUUCUCUGCUGUAAGAUAUGUUGGAGUUCAUAUGAGAGUUCAUACGGGAGAGAAACCUUAUGACUGUAAUGUUUGUGGGAAGGGUUUUGGGCAACAGGCUACCUUUAUAAAGCACCAGAGAACUCAUACAGGAGAAAAACCUUACAAAUGCUCUCUGUGUGAGAAGAUGUUUGCUUAUUCAGAUUCCUUAAAAGUCCAUCUGAGAGUUCACACUGGAGAGAAACCUUACGUCUGCUCUCAAUGUGGAAAGAGCUUCACUAAUUUAAGUUCUAUUAAAGUUCAUCAGAGAAUUCACACUGGAGAGAAACCUUAUCACUGUAAUGUCUGUGGGAAGAGUUUUAAUCAACGUGAACAUUUAGUGAAACAUCAGAGAACUCAUACAGGUGAAAGACCUUACAAAUGCUCUCAUUGUGAGAAGACGUUUGCUCAGUCAAGUAUCUUAAAAGUCCAUCAGAGGGUUCAUACACGAGAGAAACCUUACGUCUGCUCUCACUGUGGAAAGAGCUUCUCUGAUUCUAGAAGUAUUCAGCAUCAUCAGAAGAAACAUAAUUAUGAACAAACUACACUGAAAUCAUCAUAGUGUCUUAAAAUCUUUGCACAGUGGUCAUGUAUAUUCGGUGCAAAUGUUAAAUGCGAUGAUGUGCUAGAACAAAAACAAUUGAUUUCUAUGAAUGACUUUACAUUGACCUUGGUUAUUUGCAGCACAAAAAAAUGAAGGUGUAGUUCUCAUCACCAGGUAACAUUUUUAAACUCUCUCAUUUUGUGAAGGGUUUUGUGUGAUUGAUAAGUUUAUUAUAUUGAUUGAAUUGGAUGUUAAAGUAAUACGCUGUUCACUCUCUCCUUAUUGAGUGUUUAGUAUGAAUGAUGCAUUAUAUUGUUUGAAUCGGACUUUGAAUUAUUUUGUAGUAUUGACAUCUAUAUUAUUGAUUAAUGUGUUAUAUAAAUUGAAUUGAUUUUUGAAUGAUCAUGUUGCUUACUUGGCUAAUAAAUUGUUACGUUUGGAUUUA